CAUGUGUCUGGGGGGUGGGUGUAGGGCCUUGCAGGGUUGGGACGGCAGUCAGAUGAUAUCCAACUAUAGUUCUGAACAGUGACGGUUAGAGUUGGUGAACGGGCCCUUGCCUACACACUACACUGUAAUAACACAUAGGGCUAAUCUGACUCAAUAUAAUAGCUGUACUCUUGAAUUGUGAUGACUAAUUAUCCGACAGAAAUGCAUUACAUUGUUUUAGGGUGGGGUCAUAUCUGGCAGAGCCCAGAGAACAUAAAGCUACAAAUAUAUUUCAGUUCAAUGUGGUCCAACGUGCCCAUGACAUUGACAAUAUAAUUGACUAAAAACAGUUUAACUCCGGGUGUGUUGUGAAAAACAAAAACUCAGAAAAAAGUAAGAACACUUAAAAACAAACUGGGGUACCUUUUAUAGGGGUUUGUAAAUUAUAUAGGCAGUUACACUUUGUAUUAGUUUAUUGGUAGCUUAGAACACGUUACAGUUCAUUUAGCCUAGGCCUAUAUCAUUGUGUGAAAUAGAGUCAUGUGGUGCUUGCAAAACAUGGGCAUAUCGCAAUGUCAACCAAUCAAUGAGUUAUAGCUGUUUUACUAAACUAACUAUAGCAGCUGACAACCCCUUUAAAGAAGAUGCUAUCAAAGUUUAGCCCUACAGAUGAUAUUAAUGAUGUUAUAUAUACAACAUUGGAUCUUGCAGAGUAGUAGGCUGCAAUAUAGCCUGGAAUUGAGGCACGAGGUUAAAAUCUAUCAUGUAUAUAUUUUUUUACAGACAGUCAGAUCUAAUAUAUUUAUAAUUAGCUCAUUGUUAUAUCUGCGGUCAGAUCACGCAAUGGUCACGCAAGUUGCAAUAUUGUCCCGAGAUGCAUUUGGCUGUAGAAAAGAAAUAGGAGGAUAUUUAAAUACAUACAUUACAACAAUGUGAAAAACUAAAGGCUUUUAUACGUGGAGGGAAAUAUAACUGUUGCAUUUGAGCAUGUGUGGCAUAAGAAUGAAAGCCUUGUGGAAGCAGCCUGUUGCUAAAUUCACAAUUAUUUCCUUUUCACUAAUCCAUAAGUGAAGGGGGAAAUAAUAGUGAUGGUUACAUCAAGCUAUAUACGAAUAAAGUAUUUCGCUUUUUUUUUUUUUGCCAUAGAAAAGUCUCAGGAUCAGAGGUAUGAGCUAGCUAGUCAAGUCCACUGAGAUAUAAUAAGAAGGUAAAGUCUCCGGGACACCGUUAGCUAACUAGCUUGAUACCCAUUGUCUUUCUACAAACGUUGACAUACAUCCAAGUUAUAAGUUGCAAAAGUUACUUUUCUAACUAUUUGUGUGAUAUAAACGCAUACUGCAUCGCACACGCUUUACAAUGCAAGUUGCUAAAAGCCAAUCUUAUACAUGCACCACAUUGAUUUUUACCUCGUAUGUCGACUUCAAUGAGAAUACGAGCUUUACUAUUUAAUUGAAGUCCCUCGUGAAAAUUUAUUUGGUGCUUUCUUCACAAAUUCUCAAAAAAAUAACCCCGCCUCUUCAUGGAAAAAUAUGAGAUUUUGCAUCUUUCGAUUGGCUGAAUUGAUUAUGAAUGACAUAGCAUCCUUUAAAUCGACUGUCAAGAUUACUUAGGUAGGCGUGAUAUACGAUUAUUACCCAAUGGAAUAGUCAUUAUUGUCCCCGAGAGCCAAUCAAAAUUUGAAAUAAAGCCGUUUAAAAAAUGUUUCAGGAAGUAUCGGCAGCUAACAGGAAGUUAUAAACAAUCAACACAACAGUGAAACUAGCUGGCUACUACUACAACAAUUGACUGAAUCUGUGAAUGCAACGACGUAACUGAACAAAGAUUCAGGAAAUUGUUUCAUAUGAGAAGAGCACGUCGAAGAUAAGUUGAAAUGGCAACAGACCAUUAGCUAUUUUGAACAUCGGAUGCUGUGUUAUUGUGGUCACUCGUUACUUUAAGGAAAGUAGCUAACGAUAGCUAUCUUGCAGCUCUGUGUUGACAAGUAGUUAAUGUAGCUAGCUUGCUAUCAACAAGAGUCGGUAGCUAUCUAGUUAGUUAAUUAUUGACACCUCCAGUAUAGACGUGGAAACGUUAACGGUAGCUAUAUGACAACGUUACGCCAUCUGAUUUGUGGCGUAUGUUUUAUAACCAACCUGCUGCUAGCGACGUCCAGGUAGUUGUUGCUAGCUAAGUUACCUACUAAGUUAUCCAGUAACAAUAGUGUUUAGCUAGCUAACUUAGGUAUCAGUUAGCGAUACAUUUUUAUUUUUGUUAACGUUUGCUUCAGAGGAGCUACCAUUGCUACAUUGAUCGAUCUGCUUUGACACAUUUCCUCUGGACACUGGGAUUCUGGGGCUAGCAGGACAGCAUUUGAAGAGCAUGUCUACCUCCAACUUCAAAAACAAAUGUGUCACUCAAGUGAAUUGUAUAUACUGUGAGAGUCUACUCUGCACAAGAGGAAUGAAGGCAGUACUUCUUGCAGACACCGAAAUUGAGCUGUUUUCUACGGACAUACCUCCCAACAGGACUGUUGACUUUGUGGCCAGCUGCUACUCUACAGAAAGCUGCAGAUGCAAACUGAGAGAUAUCGCCUGCCUGAAAUGUGGUAAUGUUGUGGGGUAUCAUGUGGUCGCUCCCUGUAAGCCCUGCUUGCUGUCCUGUAACAAUGGCCAUUUCUGGAUGUUUAACAGUGAUGCUGUGUCCACCCUCAACCGACUGGAUGCUACAGGUUUAAACUUGUUGCUGUGGGGAGACCUUCCCGAGCUAGAGGACAGCGAAAACGAGGAAUCAGAAAGCCCAUCAGAGGAGGAGUGUAUCAGGUAGAGAGGGAUGAGGGAUGGAGGAGCAAGAUGUUACCCUGUGACCUACCAGAACCCCCAGGAACAGACGGAGAAGAAGCAGUGAGCGGAAGAGGAGAGGGGGGCUUACCCUGUGACCACAUCCCCCUUCCCAACAUCUGCCCGUUAGAAACACACUCUCCUCUCACGGUCCGCUCUCUCUCUAGGUAGCAGUCCAAGUAAAGCACAUCCCUGUAACCAUUAACUGCCUGCACGUUGUCGGUCAGUCUGCCCUUUGAACUCUUGUCAAAUACACUAUGUAUUCUCACCUAAUUGAAUUUCUUUCUUUCUUUGGGUGAAACCAAUGGUAGAACUGCCCUCUCUCCUCAAACUCACAACUGAAACCCCACUCAAACAAACUCAUCUUUCUGAUUCACCGACGGACAGCCGGAUGGAUGGAUGGUCUUACCAUUUCACAUGGCUAUUUUAUACCCUUUGGGUUGCCUAUUGCCAUUGGACACUGGAUUAAACAUUGUAUGCUGUGUUUUAGAUGUUUGUCAGUCCUGUGUUGCUCCUUGAACAAUCACGAUGAUCUUGUGUUUAAGUUUCAGAAUCUGACAUUGUUUACAUUGAGUAUUUGCCAGUUUAUCUUGUCACUCUUUCACGAGGAGGGCCAGUGUGAUCAACAGAUGGUACUAGAACAUACAGUAUAGAUACACGUUUGGUUCUAGGGCGCCUCUCUGGUGGGACUGAAGAUGCUCUAGGAAAAUAGAUUAGGCCUAAUUACGCACAUGUCAUCUGAACUUGGCGAAGGAGCCGGGCAGAAAAUACAUGAUCGUGAAAAGGAAAGCUGAUGUCCACUCACUACAUUGUUGACAUAGUAACAAUAUUGCAGCAAAAACAGUGAGAAAGUUGCUAUCCAAACCCUGUAUGAUUGAAAACUUGAACGGUUGUGUGCUUGUCAGAGCACUGUAUGAGUAUACUGUAUAAUUGAGUAUGGAUCACUUAUAUAAAGGAGUGCCUGUGUAGAGCAGAACUUUCUAUUGCUGCUGAAGCUUUUGCUUCAGCCGACCUUCUCAACUUGUAUUCUAAUGGCCUUGGAUCUGAUUUUUAUUCUGUGGAGAGCUGUGGGCUGACUGUCAUUGCAGGAGGUCAUGCUCACCCUCUCACUGGAUCUAAAAAUGUGUUCGCUAGCAUUGUUUUGAUGCAUCGGUGCCCAGCAAGUACUGUCGCAAUGAGGGACAUAUCUUACAUUAGCGUUAAUAUACCUCCCAGUUCAAGCAGACAAGCUAUGCCUGUGUUAAAAAGAUAUGCUGAAGCUUACAUGGGAUAUUAUUUUGGGGGUCAUAACAAGCAUUACGAAAGGUAUACCUACACACCAAAUACCUGAAAUGGCAGUCACCACUUUGAAAUGGCAGUCACCAAGGCCCAGCGCAGUCAAAAAUGUGAUGGAAUAAUGGAAUAAUGGAAUAAUACUGUGAAAUUGUGAAUAUGAUGAUAAUGCCUUUUUAGUGUAAAAGCUGUUUGAAAAGACCACCUGAAAUUGCAGCCUGUUUUGGUGGGAUGGAGUUUUGACGUGCCUGGUAUCACCACCAGGCAGUAAAUUGGUUAAUGGACCAAUAAGAAAGAGUUCCAAACCUCUCGGCCAAUAACAACUAGUUUUCCGUUUCCCCUCCCCACUCAGACCACAAAAUUCUUGCUUGAGAAAUAGCUCUUUUGCUAAGAAGCUAUUUUUGUUUAUUUUUGACAAUGUUUAAUUCAAAACUAUCACAUCAAGGUACUUGAUUGUUACCCAGAAGUGAGUUCAUAUUGAGGUGAAAGCAGUUGCAUUGGACCUUUUUAAAUGAUGUUCUAAGCUCUGGUUUAGUGGAUCACAUCUUGUGACAUGAUUAACAAAAUGAUUAGCCAUUUAUCUAAAUCCCACAGACAAUCUCUUUCCACUUAAAUGUUCCUUUUUGUUUCAUUUUCAUUCACAAAAGCAAUGUUUUGUAGUGUACUAUAGUUUUUAUUUUUCUCUGUUUAUUUCACAUUUCACUUGCAUUUGAGUGUUACGUUUGGAGGCUGGUUUUUGUUUUGAGGUUUUACCUUAGUGACGGUAUCACCUAAGAGCUUCCUAUAGCAUAGGACAAUAGGGAGAUAAUCAAUGACCAUCAAAACAGUGACCAAUUUUUUUUUUUUUUUUUUUAGAAAUCUCCCUUGAAUAUGAUUAACUUAAGUAGCGUGCUUUUUAUUUAUUAAUUUUAAUGUAUGUAUUUAUUAACAGGCAUUUGCUGUGUUUAUACUGAUGUGACUUGCCCUGCUGAAAAAAUAUGUAUAUUUUGAAAUUGCACUGAAACUGCAUUGGUAGUUUGAAACAUUUGUUAUUUUUAAUGCUUAUUGUAUUGGUAAUACACCUUUUUCCAAAAUA